AAUCUUUAUUUGAAAAGCUAGCAACCUAUCUGGCUGAAGUGCAAGAAGCUGAUUUUGCUGUCACUAUCGCUGAGCCUCAUGAGACCUUUCAUGAGCUCUUAGAGGCAGCAACAGGAGCCCCUCAUGAUGAAGACCAAAAUCAAAUCCUUUGGAAGAAAUUCAUGAAUUUUUUGAAAGCACAGUCAGCAAAAGCUAGAAUAAAAAAUCCUACAGCAGUAGCACUAGCUUUCCAAAGUUUGCAUAAAAGAAUAACGAGUUCUAAAGUCAAACUCAGAUAUUUGAAAAGAAAUUUUAAUAAUAAUGCUCUUACUUCUGAUAUCGAGCAAGCCAGAGCUGAGGAUCUGCUGCCUAAUGUGAUUCAAAAACAUGAAGAGGCUGAAGUGCGUGAUGUAAAUACAGGUCAUCUCAUAUGUGCAGUUUAUCGAAAUCGCAUCAGCAAGGAGACUCUGGACUUUAUGUUCAAGUCAGUUCUCUUAAUAUUCCAAGAAUGCUCUAAACUAGUAGAGGAUGUAGCUAAACUGCUCGAAGAACAUGAUCUGCCCAGACUGGAUGAUGACAAAUAUAGAGCAAAAGAAGUAGUUAAUUUCAAUAUGCCUUAUAGAGGAACAGCAAUACAUUUGUCCUAUCAACUGGAUCUGUGUGAAGCAUAUGCUGCUCUCAAUUAUUCAAAACAUGCUCACACAAACAAAAACUUUUUGAAAUAUACCUGGACCUAUGUGUGUGCAAGAGGAAUUCAAAAUGAAGAAGGUGAAUAUAUGGAAGAAGAAUUUAUAGGAGGAAAUUUUUUUCUUUUAGACUACCAAGCUAUCUGGUCACAGAAUCUGGCAACAAAAACUCUCAGAGAGCAAUCCAAAGUGCUUGCAUCUUUUUUGAAAGCAGAAAAACAAAAAAAGAAAACUAUUAAUAAAGAGAAGAGUGAGGCAGCAGAUAAGGAGGGUGAGGAAGCUAUUGGAAAGAAUGUGAUCGAUGGUGAGGAGGAUGAGGUAGCAGAAGUGGAGGGUGAGACAGCAGAAGUGAAGAAUGAGACAGCAAAAGUGGAGGAUGGGUUCAAUAAAAAGGAGAGUGUGGUUGAAAGUAAGAAGGGUGAGAUUACAGAUGAAGAUGAUGAAAAAAAAGUAUAG